UUCUCAUGCAGAACUUUCUUCUGACCACCUUCUCACCACCUUCCUACUACUGCUCUCAGACUUUUCUGACCACCUUCCCCCACUGGUUUUGGACUCUUCUGAACACCUUCCCCCGCUGAUCUGGGACACGGUUUGAGCACAGAAGCACAAGAUGCACUCCCUGGUCAAAUGGACGCUUCUUGUCCUGGUCCUGGUCUCUGUUCUUCUCAACAUUGUUUUGCUGGGCUUCCACUCCAGCAGGGCUCCCAAAUGCUCCGGCCGACGCCUUCAUCCUCUCAAAGGCAAACACGACAAGCGCAGCCGCGUCUUUGCUGAUGUCACUCAGGAGGAGUACCUGCAGGUCCAGCAGUACAUGGUCCAGCAGAAGGACUUGGCCAUCAGCACCAGGCAGCUCACCAAGCCGUCGGAAAACUUCCUGUUCCUAAUCGACUUGUCUCUGCCCAAAAAGGCGGACGUUUUGUCCUACCUGGACGGGGCAGGUCCUGAGCCGGUGCGCGAAGCCACUGUGGUGGUCUUCUACGGGUCUUUGGGCCACAUCAAGGAGUACGUGGUGGGACCUCUGCCUAAGCCCACGUACCACACGGACGUGACCAAGAAGAAAUAUAAGAGGGAGCUGCCCAUCAAUGCCCGCACCGUGACCGUGGGGGAGUACGACUUGUUGUCUAAGUUUUUGGAACAACAGUUUUCCAAGCUGAAGCAGCUUAUGAAGGAGAGUUUUGGCACUAAAAAACUGAACCUGUUUGAGCAAAUGCCGCGAGGACUUCGUUCUGGAGACAGAAAAACCUGGGUGUCUUUAUUCAGGAACAUGAGCGGCAUGUACAUCCACCCGGUAGGUUUGGAGAUACUGGUUAACCACGAGAGCGUAGAUGCCACCAACUGGACGGUGGAUAAGCUCCUGUACAACGGUCAGUACUUCGACACGGUGGAAGAACUCCAUGACAAGUACUCUGCAGGGUCCGUGAGAAGAAUCGUCUACCAGGAAACGGCUGACUAUGGCUCGCUGAAACCUAGGAACACACCAUUGCAGCUCGGUCCUCUGCAGUUCUACGCAGAAGGAAAACGCUUCAGUGUCAGUGGUAAUCACGUCCUCUACCUGGACUGGAGUUUUGCCUUCGGUCUGAGCUCCCUCACUGGCAUGCGAGUUUUUGACGUACGCUUCAAGGGGGAGCGGAUCAUCUACGAGCUGAGCGUGCAAGAAGCCAUGUCGGUUUACGGCUCGGUGACGCCCGGGAUGAUCCUCACCAAGUUCUUGGACUCCAGCAUCGGAAUCGGACGCUUUGCACACGAACUGGUCCGCGGCGUGGACUGUCCCUACCAGGCCACUUAUGUGGACACCUUCCGCUACGUGGAUGUGCCGGUGCCCGUCAGAUUCAGAAAUUCCAUCUGCAUCUUUGAGCACAACUUUGGUCAGCCCCUGCGCAGACACUUCUCCGACUUCUUCAGCAACAGUUACGGCGGGCUGGUCAACAGCGGCCUGGUGUUCAGGACCAUCACCGCCAUCGGGAACUACGACUACUUGUGGGACUUCAUCUUCUACCAGAGCGGCUCAGUGGAAGCCAAGGUCCACGCCACGGGUUACAUCUCCUCGUCUUACCUGCUGGACGGCAGCCUGCGGCACGGCCACCAGGUAGCGCCAAAUGUCCUGGGCAACAUCCACACACACUUCAUCAACUUCAAGGUGGACGUGGAUGUGUUGGGAGUGAGAAACGUGUUCCAGACCAAAGACAUGCAGUUUGUCAACAGCACAAUUCCAUGGGUUGCUAACGGCUAUGCUAUGGUUCCCCAGCUGGUGGAGAGGCAGCUGAAAUCAGAACAGGAGGCGGCGCUGCGUAACAAUGCCAAAGUUCCUCGCUAUCUCCACAUCGCGAGCAACAAAACCAACGCCUGGGGCCAUCAGCGCUCCUACAGACUUCAGCUUCUCAGCUCUACAGGAGAUCACCUGCCAGAGAGCCAGACCGAGGAGCGCGCCAUGUCCUGGGCCAGGUACAAGGUGGCCAUCAGCAAGCAUAAGGACGAAGAACAGAGCAGCAGCAGUUUGUACAACCAGAACGAUAUAUGGAUGCCAGCGGUCGACUUUAGCUCUUUUAUUGCAGAUGACGAAAACAUAGAGAACGAGGAUCUGGUUGCCUGGGUAACCACCGGCUUCCUGCACAUUCCACAUGCAGAGGACAUCCCUAAUACUGUAACCGUGGGCAACGGCGGCGGAGUCUUACUGCGACCUCACAACUACUUUGAUGAAGACCCUUCAAUCCAAUCAGAUGACAGCGUUUACUUCCAACCAGGAAGUGAAGGGUCAUGUGACCUCAACAAGAUGGCGUGUGUGUCUCAGCAGACUUGUAGUCCUGUCAUGGAGACCUGGGACUACCACGGCUUUGAUGGAGCCAUGAAGUUCACAGACUGGCACUGAAUACUCCUACUACAUCCUACAUGUACUACUACUACAUUCUACAUGUACCACCACUACAUCCUACAUGUACCACUACUACAUCCUGCAUGUACUAUAACUACAUCCUACAUGUACUACUACUACAUCCGACAUGUACCACUACUACAUCCCACAUGUACCACUAAUACAUAAUACAUAGUACAUGUACUACUAAUACAUCAUACAUGUACUACAUGAUGCAGUAAUACAUAAUAUAUGUACUGUAGGACAUAGUAAUACAUAAUACAUGUAAUACUGAAUAUAGUAAUACAUAAUACAUGUACUACAUGAUCAAGUAAUACAUCAUACAUGUACUGCAGGAUAUAGUAAUAUAUCAUAAAUGUACUGCAGGAUAUAGUAGUACAUCAUACAUGCUCUACAUGAUAUAGUAAUUCAUCAUACAUGUACUGCAGGAUAUAGUAAUAAAUCAUACAUGUACUGCAGGAUCAAGUAAGACAUUGUACAUGUACUACAAGAAAUAGUAAUACAUAAUACAUGUACUGUAAGAUAUAGUAGUACAUCAUACAUGUUCUACAUGAUAUAGUAAUACAUCAUACAUGUACUGCAGGAUCUAGUAAUACAUCAUACAUGUACUACAUGAUAUAGUAAAACGUCAUACAUGUACAACUAAUAUACUAAUAUAUCAUACAUGUACUAGAAGGUAUAGUAAUACAUCAUACAUGUACUGUACUACAUGAUAUAGUAAUACAUCAUACAUGUAAUACAUUAUAUUAUAAUACAUCAUACAUGUAGUAUAUAAUAUCAUAAUACAUCAUAAUGUACUACUGGAUAGAGUAAUACUGUAUACAUGUACUAAUGGAUAUAGUAAUACAUCAUACAUGUACUACAUGAAAGAGUAAAACAUCAUACAUGUACUGCUGUUUACAUUAAUAAUCUGCAACUACUACUGUACUUUCUAAUUUGUCAUACAAUUAAAGUAUCAAAUACUGUC